AACUCUAAUCUACAUCACUAGAAAGACAACCCCAUGUGGGUCUGACUAUGGUGUAGUGUAAUCAUAUUCCUACUGAAAUUAUGGUGAGCCACACCCAUCAAAUUGAAAAUUUGAAAAACCCUGGGUGAAGAUUUUCCAUCAAAUGAGUCCCGAACAAUCUGCGGGGUGGUACAAGACAUGGGUGGGGGGGUGUUGAUCGUGGGGCUGUGAUGGAUUCGGGAGGAUCAACGGCUGUGAUAUUAUGUACAAGUUGAAAAAUUGAUGGCAUUGAUUGUGAGGAGGCGUUACGCAAUGCAUUUAAUCGAAACGGCGUCGUUUAGGGAUGACGCAGUUAACGGGUUCCGGAAACGGCGUCGUUUUCCCUUGUCGCUCAUCAGAACCUGCCUUGGCAAAAUUGACCUGCCCCGAACGAUUUGAGCUGCUUAUUUUGCGUAGCAAUAUCAAAUCCCUAUUUUCUCUCAUUCUCUCCUUUUGUCUCUCGUUCCGACGAUUUCGGGAAUUGAAUCGAUUUUUCUGUCCGAAUCUGUGAUCGAGGAUCCAAACCAAUCUAAUUUCCAUAUCGACUCGGCCUUGAAUCGCUUGGGAGGGGUUUACACGUAAGCCCUAAUUGCCGAAUCGCAAUCUUCCAAAUCAAGGGUUUCGAUUUUUUGUGUGGGGUAAUGGAAGAUCCGGUGCCGGAUCUAGGGUUUGAUAAAGUCCCAAUUGCGAGUUUCUAGGGUUUCGUAGCACGAUCAGGAGGUGGAAUUUCACUAGGAUUGAUGGUUCUCGUUAGCGGCACAGGUCGGAUCGAUACUAAAAUCAACGGCGAUGGAGGGCUAUGCAUGGGCGGGAAGGUGAGAAGAGGCAACAGCGCCGGCACAUGUGGCCUGUCCCGCCACACACGGCAGUAGCUUCCGAUUCCGCCGCCCCCUAUUCCUUCUGCAAAGAUGGACGCACGAUUAGUGUCGGUGACUGUGCACUUUUCAAGCCGCCUCAAGAUUCCCCACCUUUCAUUGGAAUAAUUCGAAGAUUGACAGUAGGCAAAGAGGACAAUCCAAAUCCAAAGUUAGGAGUGAAUUGGCUCUACCGACCUGCUGAUAUAAAGCUUGGAAAAGGUAUUUUGCUGGAAGCUGCACCAAACGAAGUCUUUUACUCAUUCCACAAGGAUGAGAUACCUGCUGCAUCGUUACUCCAUCCGUGUAAAGUCGCAUUCCUUCGUAAAGGUGUUGAACUUCCUCCAGGGAUAUCCUCAUUUGUGUGCAGAAGAGUGUAUGAUAUUGAGAACAAGUGUUUAUGGUGGCUAACUGACAAAGAUUACAUUAAUGAACGACAAGAAGAAGUAGAUCAGCUUUUAGACAAGACGCGACUAGAAAUGCAUGGGGUAGUGCAGUCGGGAGGCCGUUCUCCAAAACCUUUGAAUGCUCCGGCAUCAACACAGCCGUUAAAACCUGGUGCAGAUAGUGUACAGAACAGUGCCUCCUCCUUUUCUUCUCAGGGUAAGGGCAAGAAGAGGGGGUGUGAUCAGAGCUCUGAUCCCGCUAAACGGGAGCGCUUAUCUAAAACAGAUGAUGGGGAUUCUGGUCAAUUUAGACCAGAAAACAUGUUAAAAUCUGAGAUUGCCAAAAUAACAGAUAAAGGAGGGCUUGUAGACCUUGAUGGGGUUGACAGAUUAGUGCAACUCAUGCAACCUGACAGUUCUGAAAAGAAAAUAGAUUUGGCGAGCCGAAUAAUGCUUGUUGAUGUAAUAGCAGUCACAGAGAGGGUCGAGUGCCUUGUACGGUUUGUACAGCACAGGGGCUUGCCUGUAUUGGAUGAAUGGCUCCAAGAGGCCCACAAAGGGAAGAUUGGUGAUGGUAGUAGCCCCAAGGAAAACGAUAAAUCUGUUGAGGAAUUUCUCUUGGCUUCACUUCGUGCACUAGACAAGCUGCCUGUGAAUCUCCAUGCGCUACAGACUUGCAAUGUUGGCAAGUCUGUGAAUCAUUUACGCAGUCAUAAAAAUUCUGAAAUUCAGAAGAAAGCUAGGAGUUUAGUUGACACAUGGAAGAGACGAGUUGAAGCUGAAAUGAACAUUGAUGAUGCAAAAUCUGGGUCAAGUCGCAGUGUUUCAUGGCAAACAAAGGCAGUGUCUUCUGAAGUUUCUCAUGCAGGGAACAGGAAAACUGGGGGAUCGUCUGAAGCUGGCAUGAAGAGCUCCAUUGUACAACCACCGGCAUCUAGAACUCCUUCAGUUAAGCUCAGUGGUGGGGAAGCUGUUGGUAAGUUUGCCUCUGCUUCUCCGGGCUCAACUAAAUCGUUGACUGGAUCAGCAGGUAUUAACUCAAAGGAUCCAAAUUCCAAAAUGUUGGUUGGUGGUGGAAGCUCAGAUGUGCCUCUAACUCCAAUCAAGGAGGAGAAAAGCAGCAGUUCUAGUCAGUCUCAGAACAAUAGUCAGUCUUGCUCAAGUGACCAUGCAAAAGCUGUGGGUUCUUCGUGCAGGGAAGAUGCAAGGAGCUCCACUGCGGGGUCAUUGAGUGCAAAUAAGAUAUCAAGCAGUUCUUCUCGGCAUCGAAAAUCAAGCAAUGGUGUUCAUGGCUCAGGAAGUCAAAAGGAAACUGGGUUGGGAAAAUUUGGUUCCUUAAAUAGGAGUUCGACAUCCGAAAAGGUGUCACCAGCUGGAGCAAUGCAUGAAAAAGUGUCCGAUGUUCCCCCUUCUGAUCAUUUAAAUAGUCAGCGAUUGAUUGUCAGGUUGCCAAAUACUGGUCGUAGUCCUGCUCGAAGUGCCAGUGGUGGUUCUUUUGAAGAUUCUGCCAUUACAUUCUCUAGAUCUUCUCCUCCACACCCUGAAAAGCAUGAUCACCAUGACAAGAAAGUAAAGGGAAAAAAUGAUACUUUGCGGGUGAAUAUGGCAUCAAACACAAAUGCAGAAUUAUGCCAGAGUAAAGAUGGAUUGGCUGGGUCUGAUGAAGGUACUGGGUCACCUGCUGCUGUUCUUUGUGAUGAACUGCACAGGGUGAGUGAAGAUGGUGAGAGGCCAAAAGAAGUGUCAAAAACUACUGGUUCAUCAUCAGGGAUUACACCGAAGUCAGGAAAAUCAUAUGAGGCUUCUUUCAGCUCCAUAAAUGCUUUGAUUGAAAGCUGUGCCAAGAUAUCUGAAGCUAGUGCAUCUGCAUCACCUGGGGAUGACAUUGGGAUGAAUCUACUUGCUAGUGUGGCUGCUGGAGAAAUAUCCAAGUCUGACAUUGUCUCUCCAUUGAGUUCUCCUGGGAGGAAUUCCCCUGUACCAGAGGACUCUUGCUCUGGAGAUGAUGCCAAAUUGACUCAGUUGGAUGAAGACAUUGGUCAAACCCAAAAUCAACCUAAUGAUGAGGCGAUUGUUGGUGCUGCUGCUGAGAGGGGCAAUUCCAUUGAUUCUUCACGGUUGAAGAACGGUUUACGACAUUCGUCUGCCCCUGUUGCGACUGACUUUUCUGGAGACAACAGAGCCUGUGAGGAGAAAAUAGGGGAGUGCAGUGCACAGUUGAAUUCUUCGAGUAUGGAGUUGCAACAAAAUACAGAUAGUCAAUGGCUGAUAUCUGAUGGAAAAACCGAUGAAAAAACCGAUGAACACACACAUGAUGCUUCUGUAGCUAUGUCAUCUAUCCAUGCUACAAAAGAGGGUAAUCCAGAGGCUGAAGGUGUUAACCAAUUUCAUGAACAAAGAAGAUCAGGUGCUCACCAGGCAAGAAGCAACUGUAUUUCUGAUUCUAAAUUGAAUAUAAGGAGUCCCUUGCUCGAUGAAGAUAAGAAGGCUGAUUGUGUGGAUGAAAGAACUGCAGAGAACAGUAUGGCAGCAGUAACAGAGGCAACUUCUAAAAGUGUAAAAUUCAAGAAGGAAAGUAAUGAAGAAAUACCUUGCUUAUCAGAAAGGGCAGGGGAGGACAUGGAUUUUGUGGAUAAAGAUUCAGUUAGUGUCAUCUUGUCUGAGCAAAAGCCACCUCUUCUUGGAAAGGUUUGCUCAGAGUCUAUAGCAGGAAAAAGUGAGGAUGCUGUGUUAUCUUCUGCUUCUGGUAAUGUUUUGGGUGUAGAGUCUAAAACUGAGAAGGCUGACAACUUAAAGACUGAGUGUCAUGUUGAGCAGAGUGGGAAACAGAGAACAGACAUGAGUUCAUUUGUCUCUGAGCAGAAUGGUGAAUGUGCUGAGGAGAAAUCAGAAAGAAAACAGGUUGUUGGUCAUCGUUCUGGUGGAUCACUUCCCCAUGAGGAGUCACCCGCAACUGCCAUUCAUGAACCUGAAAGGGGAGUGGAGUCCAGUGAGUGUAAAAAAGAGGGAGUUGAAGUGGAUGGGACAAAAGAGCGACAGACAUCCACUGUGAAUACAUCAUUUUCUGCUGCAGGUUCAGAUAUGGCUGUAAAGUUAGACUUUGAUUUGAAUGAGGGGUUCCCUUCUGAUGAUGGGAGUCAAGGAGAGCUUGUUAAGUCAUCGGUUCCAGGAUAUUCAUCUGCUGUUCAUGUGCCCUGCCCUGUUCCUGUGCCUAUUUCUGCUGUGUCAGGGAGCUUCCCUGCUUCUAUUACUGUGACUGCUGCAGCAAAAGGGUCAUUUGUUCCUCCUGAAAACCUAUUGAGAACUAAGGGUGAGCUUGGAUGGAAAGGAUCAGCUGCUACCAGUGCUUUCCGGCCUGCUGAACCUAGAAAGGUUCUAGAGAUGCCACUCAAUACAACUGAUGUGCCUCUCAUAGAUAAUCCUGCUAGCAAACAAGGUCGCCACCCUUUGGACAUCGACCUGAAUGUGCCAGACCAGAGAGUUUAUGAGGAUGCUGCUUCUGUUAUUGCUGCACCUGUGCCUCGUGACGGUAGCGCUGGAGGACUGGAUCUUGAUUUAAACAGAGUUGAUGAAAGUCCUGAUAUUGGGCUGUUUUCUGUGAGCAAUGGUUGUAGAUCAGAUGCUCCACCAUUGCCUAAUAGGUCAUCAUUAUCUGGUGGGUUUUCCAAUGGUGAAGUGAAUGCAUCUAGGGACUUUGAUUUGAACAAUGGACCAAGUCUUGAUGAUGUGGGCACCGAAACAGCACCUCGUACCCAGCAUGCUAAAAACAGUGUGCCCUUCCUGUCGUCUGUUCCUGGCAUCAGAAUGAACAGUACAGAAUUAGGAAACUUUUCAUCUUGGUUCCCUCAGGGAAGCUCCUAUUCUGCCAUCACAAUCCCAUCAAUGUUGCCAGGUAGAGGAGAGCAGAGUUAUCCAAUUAUUCCUUCUGGUGCUUCAGCUGCUGCAGCUGCUGCUGGGUCACAAAGGAUUAUAGGUCCUACUGGUGGAACUCCUUUUGGUCCUGAAAUUUAUAGGGGUCCAGUUCUAUCUUCUUCUCCUGCUGUGCCCUUUCCACCUGCCCCCCCAUUUCAAUAUCCUGGGUUCCCCUUUGAGACCAAUUUCCCUCUCUCAUCAAAUUCCUUUUCAGGUUGUUCAACAGCAUAUGUAGAUUCCACAUCUGGAGGAUCACUUUGCUUUCCUGCCAUUCCCUCACAGCUGGUUGGACCUGCUGGUGUUGCCCCCCCACUGUACCCUCGGCCCUAUGUAAUGAGCCUUCCAGGCAGUGCAAGUAAUGUUGGUGCUGAAAAUAGGAAAUGGGGAAGUCAGGGUCUAGAUCUUAAUGCAGGUCCUGGAGGUACAGAUACAGAACGGAGGGAUGAGAGGCUGCCUCCAGCUUUGAGGCAGCUUCCUGUUGCUGGUUCACAAGCCCUGGCGGAGGAGCAGCUAAAGAUGUAUCAUCAGGUGGCAGGAGGGGUAUUGAAGAGAAAAGAGCCUGAUGGUGGUUGGGAUGCAGCAGAUAGAUUUGGCUAUAAGCAACCCUCAUGGCAGUAGGAAGAAUUUAUGGCAUAAUGUGGCAAACCUGCUAAGGCCUGCUCUUUCAUGUUGAAUGCCAGUGGACCUGAGAAGUGGUGUCUCUAACCAGACAGCAUGGAAAUGAGUUCAUUGUCCCAAACCACUUCCUCUUCUGCUGUACCGACUCUGACUUUUCAAAACUACUGGGCCUGGGACGAGUUCGCAUGUUUAAUUGAAUCUUUUCUUACAGAAUGGCCUAUAUGCUGAUCAGUUCCCCUGUGUAGAUAUCUAACACUUGAAAAGCAUCUCUGAUGUUCUCCCUAGAAACUAUGAAAUCCGUCCUAUGCAUGGACUCUGUCCAUUCAGGCUAUACGGCUGCAAACUCAAUCCUUUUGAGAAUAAAGGAUUGGAUGUGUGAAACUGAAACUGCCCAGGCUGACGCUGGUUUGUAUCUUCCUUUUAAUUAAAUUUUUUUUUCUCCUUCUCCAGUUGUUACAUAUAUAGUUAUAACUGUAGUUCUGACUACCAAAUUUUGGUAUUUUAUUACAUUUUGUUUGUUGA